AUGCGGCACUGGGACUCCACACCUUCUAUCCUCUCCCGCUCUUCUGGACUCUGGCAUGUCUCUCUCCCCGACUCCCGUGCCGUCCCGUCUCGUCCCGUCCCACCGCUAGCCUACGCGGAGGUUUAUGAAUAUGGACCAAUCUCGGAUGCAGCGGUUGGGAUGAGUUAUGAGGCUGCAUUAUGCCAGGUCUUCGAUUCUAUAUACAUGGACGUUCCCAUGUCACGAGUCAAGUUUAACGUCAAUACUGAAUACGCCUAUCUCCAGAACUUCAAGGUGUUGCAAAACGUCUUCAUACGACACCAAAUAGACCGCCCCGUCCCCGUUGAAAACCUCAUCAAGUGCCGAAUGCAGGACAACCUUGAAUUCCUCCAAUGGACUAAGAAGCACUGGGACCAAUACUACCCAGGCGGCGAAUAUGACGCACUCGCCAGACGAAAGGGCGCUGGUCCCCCCGCCCCGGCCUCCUCACGUGGGCCCGGUACAACAUCCGCCACAGGCGCGCGAAGAGGCGGGACGACACCCGUCAACUCCACGGGAGGACGAGGACGACUUGGCGGAUCUGGCGUUGGUGGGGGGGCCAACUCAGCCGCAUUGACGGCGGAGAUCAAUGCGCAGAAGGAAGCGAUUGCAGGCCUGGAGAAGGAGCGCGAUUUCUACUUUGCGAAGUUGAGGGAUAUAGAGUUGUUUUUGCAGCAGGCUGUUGAGGCGGAUCCGGAACUGGAUAAGGAUGAUGAUUCGCUCGUAAAGCAUAUUCAAGCUAUCCUCUAUUCGACUGAGGACGGCUUCGAAAUCCCGCCAGAGGCUGAAGGCGUUGCAGCAGGUGAAGAGCUUGAGACUUUUUAA